AUGAUUCUAAGAAGUAUAAUGAACAAGACACUAGCAUUAAUAUUUGGAUUACUUAUACUCACAUUCUUCACUUUAUCAGUAUCUGCAUCAAUGGAAGAAUCAGAAUCAAUGGAAGCAGGCAGCUCUGAAAGUGUAUCUGAGAGUAGUGAGGAAGUUAGCGAAUCCUCUGUAUCUGAGGACUCAGCUUCAGCAGCAUCUGCAUCUGAGGAAUCGGCAUCUGUCUCUGGAUCAUCUGCAUCUGAGGAAUCAGCAGCUGCAGCAAGUGAGUCAGCAUCCGCCUCUGGAGCAUCCGCAUCUGAACAAUCAGCUGCUGCAGGAGAAACCGCAUCCGCCACUGGAGCAUCAGCUUCUGGAGCAUCGGCUUCUGGAGCAUCCGCCUCUGGUGCAGCAGGAGAGUCGGCAUCUGGUGCAGCAGCCAUUAACGCAUCUGAAGGUGCAGCUGGAGCAGCUGGAGCAGAAUCAUCUUCUAACCCAUCUACCUCAAGAAAGUCAGGGAAGAAAGGAGGAAAAAAGUCUAAGCACUAAUUCCAUAGUACUUUGAUUUAAUAAUAAUGUAAUGGCAUGAUUGCCAUAAUUAAUAAUAAACA